AUGCCAGGAUCUUCAGGAGAAGAACCUCGACGAGGCCCAAGAGCUCGACAGGCUCGACCCGAUGAAGAACCGGAUCUUGGCGUUGAGGAUCAUCGUGGGCGUUGGAGUCGCUUUUGGGGCCUUCCAAGCUCCCUGGCGAGCUCUACCAGUUCUGACCGGAAGAUUUUUGCGGACCCUGCCUUGCUACCGCGCGUGAAACCUUCUCGGUGCAGUCGCUCUGCAUCCCAGGGUAUGCAAAGGCUCGUUCUGAAGCAGCUGCUAGUCCUGCUUGGUGUUACGAUGCUGUUUCUCUCCGUGGCUACCGGCCCUUACGUCACCGUGCUCAGCAUGACCUUGCUCUGA